GCUCAGCAUCUGCUGAUCAUAGUUGGCCCCUACUCAUGGAGGCUCUACCUUGUCCUUGGCUUGGCACAAACAAAAAGCCCCCUUCGCAGACUGGGUGUCUCUUGUCUCUGGCUCUGCUCUGCUUACUGCCACCUCUCUAAGAAUCUCUGUGUUCUUUAAGGUGGGGAAAGGGAUCUCAAAAUACUCACAGCUAUUAAUAGCCCAACCAGCCCCAGACAGUCCAUUGAAAGCUGGCAUGAAUACUUCAACACAGAAGAGUUUUUAGGUUUUUAGAAUGGAACAAUCCCCCUACCCACCAUAGGGUGAGAUUGAUCCAGGCCAGUGUCCUCCACAUCACCAUGGUUUGUUAGCCCCUCACAGGGAGUUCUUGUCAAACUGAGCUGUUAUCAGGGUCAACCAGGGCCCCCCACAGGCACAAGGAGUUCCUCUGACAGCUGUGCCUGGUAUGCCACCAGGACUAGGAACUUAAGCCAGGAGGCCCCUGCCCGGAUGGCAACAGUAGUUCUAGGGGGAGACACCAUGGGCCCUGAGCGUAUCUUCCCCAACCAGACCGAGGAACUGGGACCACAUCAGGGCCCUUCAGAAGGCACUGGGGAUUGGAGCAGUGAGGAGCCUGAGGAAGAGCAGGAGGAAACGGGGACAGUCCCAGCUGGCUACUCCUACCAGCCCCUAAAUCAAGAUCCUGAACAAGAAGAGGUGGAACUGGCACCAGUGGGGGAUGGAGAAGACGUAGUUGCUGACAUCCAGGAUCGCAUCCAGGCCCUAGGGCUGCAUUUGCCAGACCCCCCAUUGGAGAGUGAGGAUGAAGAUGAGGAGGGAGCUACAGCAUUGAGCAAUCACAGCUCUAUUCCCAUGGACCCAGAACAUGUAGAGCUGGUGAAAAGGACGAUGGCUGGAGUGAGCCUGCCUGCGCCAGGGGUUCCUGCCUGGGCUCGGGAGAUAUCGGAUGCCCAGUGGGAAGACUUGGUACAGAAAGCCCUCCAAACCCGGCAGGCAUCCCCUCCUUGGAAGUGACCACAUUGAGAGUUGCCUUAUCUCCCUACAUUCCUGCCCAGAACCAGCAUAAGACUGAACACAUCCCUGGUUGUAAUGUUCAUCUCCAUCCUCCCCAUCUCCCUUUCCACAUCAAGGCAAAACCAGACUACUUCUCAGAGACCCACUUUAUUCAGUUCUGUACAUAUGGGGACAUCGGCCAAGCCCAACCCUCCUUAGCAUGUAUCACUCUGUGGAGAAUAAAGCACCCUAUGUACACAGCCAAGAGCCGCACUGCCUGUGCCCCUGGAACCUGGGUCCAGCCCUCCACAGACCCUUGCCCCUCCAAGGUGCCUAAAAGGGACAAGUGAGGACCUGCCCAGCAUCAUCACAAACAAGGAAAUAAAUAGGUGUUGGCAGGAGCCAUGCUUCGUGCACUGCUCCCUGCUUCCUUCUAGCUUUGGGAACCAACAGCACAGGAAAGCAGUCAGCUCCAGGGUGGUCCCUUCCAUGUUUGUGAUCCCAGGGCUGCUGCUCACCAAAGAGGGGGCACAGGGUAGGGUGUUUGCUCAUCGCCCUCCUUUGGUCCAUCUGGGCCCUAUAUUCAUUAUUUAUUGUCCAUAGUCUAUGCUUUUUUUCCUUUUGACCUCCCAUGUGGUCUUGGUUAGGCACAGGGUAAGAGGAAAUAAUACAACCCACCAGCCUGCACACUGCUGGGGCCCGUUUGUGCUGCUGCGGGUUGGCUUCCCUCCAGCUACUCACUCCAGGAGCCAAUGGGGCUUCACAUAACUUUGGUGAGAGUAAUCUCCUGCUAUUCCCUACAUGCCUCUGCAGGGGAGAGAGAAGAAGAGAGACACCUGGAGUUCAAAUGUGCAUGAUGGGAAGAGUAGAGGAGCAUAUGUAUUCCUGCGUAUUUCUCAGAGCAGCCUCAGGUAGCUGUGGGGUUAGGAGGAGAGGGCUAGGCAUCCCCAGGUUGUCUGAACACUGAGCAUCUUAGUGCUCAGCUUGUCUGUACUAGCCACAGGAAGGCAUGAACACCUUUUGGGGAGAAGAGGGACCACUCUGUGGGUGUCCCUGCUUCAAGUGCCCGCUUCCCUCUCCCUAGAGUAGCUAGAGAGGUGCUACUUUGCCCCAAGUCAGUCAGUAGGGAGUAGAGGGAGGGCUGGGGCAGCGUCCCAGGGCUGAGUGGGCUGUGGCCCUGUUGUGGGAGGUAAGGGGGUCAGAGAGCCUCCUGGCUGGCAGUUAGGAAUUCUUCCGCCCGCUUGUGUGCCUCCAGUGCCUUGAUGGUGUACACAUCCUGGGGCAGCUCUGACUUCCUCCGAAGCAGCACUUUCUCCUUCUUGAUGUCCUUUAGCAUCUAUGUAUGAAUAGGGAGAAGGCAAGCAAUGGUGACCAAUUCCAGUAGUGAAAUAUAUUGUUUCCUCUCCAUA